UUAACGUUUUUUCAAAAUUCAUUUGUUCAAAUGUUUGUUGGAGUGUACAGUUAUAAAUACUAUAGUUAUCAACAUAUUAACAGUUUUAACAAGUUAUCUGUUUAUUCUUUUGUGCACUUUUCGUUUUAUAUUGAGAUAUUGUUGUUUAAAAUGGCUAAGUAUAACACAAAAUCGACUAUGUUUGUAGAAUAUAGUAAUUUAAUAAAGGAAUUGGAACAGUAUAUGCCACAAUUUAAAGCAUCCAUUAAAGAUAUUCAAGAACCAUCUCAAACAUUUGUUACUAAUUUUUAUACAGAUGUACUAAUGGAAUUUUUCUGUGAUGUAAAUAAUUUGACUGAGAUCCAAGUAACUCAAAAUCUUACGUAUAAUGAGAUGUAUUGUGAAACGGUUCCAAUAUUGAACAUGUGUACAGCCUUGAGACAUAUUUAUUCAAAAUUGGGAAUUGAUGAUUUUGGUAUGAAUGAUAUAUGUGAUCCAAGUUCAAAAAGAACUUAUUGUUUACUUCAGACAAUGCUAAGCUUCAUUAAAUACAGUGAUGAAAAAAUACAUGAAGUUGAAGACAAAAUGAAAUCUGUUAGAAAUAUGAAAGAUACAAUUGAUAAGUUGAAAAAAGAAAAAGAUAUUCUUGUUAAUUCUAUCAAUAAAAAAACUCUAGAACGCAAAGAUCGAGGAGCUGAAUUAAAAACUAUAGCCGAAGAUGUAAAAUUCAAUAAGACAGAAUUAAAUCAUUUUCAAAAACAUAGGGAUGAAGUUUUAAAAGAAUUAGAUAUAGCAAAACAAGAAAAAGAAGAAAUUGAAAAAAAAUGUAUUAAACUAUGUGAAUUAAAAGAUAAUAUUGUGGAAGAUAUUAAUGCUCUCAGAGCUCAAAUUGUUGAAGCACCAGAUUUGUUAAAAGCUGAUCAUGAACGACUUAAAAGGUUGAAAAAUGAAGUAACAGAAAAAAAAUCUACCAUGAUGGCGCAAAUUAGUGCAAAAAAGCAAACACUUAUAACUUUGGAACAAGAACUAGCAGCACAAGAAAAACGAUUACGUUUAUUAACUGAUGUAACUGAAAAAAAUGAAAGGUUAUCUAAGUUGAUUCAUGAAAUAGAAAAUAUUUGUCAAAAAAAAUGUGAACUAGAUGAAGAUUCUGAACAUUUAAAUGAAAAACUAGAGAUGAUUGAACGUGAAAGAGCUGAUACAAAUAACAAAAUUAAUUAUUGUGAUAAAGAAAUGGAACGUGAACGCAAUUUAUACAAAGCUAAAUAUGAUGCAUUACAUAAAGAAAUAGAAAAUAUGAGGAAACAAAAUAAUCUUCAAUGUGAAACUAUUAAAUCUUUGGAAAAUGAGAUAAAGAAAUGUAAUAUGCGUAAACAAGAACUUGAAGCUGAUGUAUUAACUAUGAUAGAACAUUUUCAAAUAGCAAAAAAUUCUCUAACUAAAAUAUUAAAUAAUUAUAACAGAUUAGAGUCAAUAAAUAUUGAAAAUAAAAUUAUUUUAAUUGAAAUAGUUAAGUUUUAAUUCAAACAUGUGUAAAUAUAGUACAGUUGUAAUGUUUAAAAACAGUUAUAACAAAAAAAAUGAGGAUAAAUUAAU